GCAGCACACACACGGAUGGGCACGCAGCUGGGUCGCAAGAGGUUUGUGGGACAAGUGGAUGAGGAGCAAAAGGGCGGAGGACGUGGGGGAGAGAAAGAGAGAGGCUGGCUGCCCUGCGUCGGCGUGCCUGACUGCCUUUGCCUCUUGCCCUGUCUAAACGUGCAGAUCCCCGCCUGCCCUUGGCGAUGUGAUUGCUACAAGCUCAUCUCCCGCCGCCGCCGAGGCCUGGCCUGGCAGUAUUUCUUUACCCCCUGGUCUGCCCUGCCCUGAGUUCCCUUUGCUCGCUAGCCUAUGCUCUACAUUCCGUUUGCUCUGUCUCCUUGCCCACAUCUCUCCCGGCAUACCAUGUCAUCCUGGACCCUAUAACAACAGCAGCAGGGUCGUGUCGCCUCAUAGCGCAUCCUCACCAUCCUCCCUUUCGCCACUUGCCAUAGUGACUACCCGCAAAGGUGCGAGAUGCAUCUCCAACUCGGCCAGCCAGGCCCAUCCACAUGGCAAAGUCGCUCGCUCUCUUUAUCUCUGCCAGAGAAAGUCUUUAAGCCGCGAUCACCAGCUCGGAGGGGACCCAUAAGGACUGCUGUGUUCUUGGAGCAGUCAGUAGUCAACUCUAGUGGAGGGUUCAAUGGUAGCUGUGCAGCUACCCAGCAAGAUGGGACCGCCAUUGAGACACCUUCGGGGUCGUGCGCUAGCUACUAUCCAGACAUUACAGUCUACUGCUGCUCUGGGGUAUCUGGAACGAUGGAGACCCUUCCUUAUUCGGUGAACACCAGGACAGCCGACAAUGUAUCCUUGGUACAAGAACCUAUCUGCAACACAAGUCGAUAUAGCGACUCGCUCUCCUGCUUUCGGAUGACGGCGGAAGCCCACUGCAGAUCAGCAGCUAGUGGACUGUAUGGUGUGUGCAAUCCGAAUGGCGCAGAUUCUAGUACAGUUGCCAAGAGUGCAGCACGGUCGCGUUGGCAAGAGAGCGCGUGGGACAUGGGAUGGAAAGGCAAGGUGGCGCUGGUGAUGGGGACAAUGGCAGUCUGGUCGAUUUGUGAUGUGCUGUGAAGCACAAUACGAGACACUACCGAUACAGACGGAGAGACGAGCAAGCCAGUCGAGAUCCACUCAGAGGUCUGGGGCAGACCUAGCAUUACAGAAGUCCAAUGUCACGUCGAGCGUGCGAACAUAUACCCAGAAGAUGCCGGCAGCAGACAGCACAUCAGAGGUGCCAAGGCUCUCUGGCCCCACAGCGCUCGCUGCUCGUGAUAGGGCGCAGUGUCAAAGUCUUCGGCAUAAUCAGAAAUAUAAAUCUUCAUGAGAGUACUCCUG